CUGUUAGCCUAUAAUAAUGGAAUGAGUCAACUCUGCCAUUGUCUCUUCAGUCGUAACCCCAUAUUCCUCUUUGGUCACAUAAUGGGGACAGAAUAAGUUGGUGACGCGUUUUUCCAGGGAAUCACUUGCCAUUGUUUAAUGAGUUUGAAUGGAUAUUUACAGCCAAGACAUGCAGUUGACAGGAAUGAGCCAUUGAUGUUGAAAGGUUUUUCCAUUAUUCAUGUACAAAUGUAUGCAUUAUUUAAUCACACAUGAUCUCGUAUUUCUGCCCCUGACCCCCAUCGCACCUAACAUGCAUGAGGGUUUUGUACUUGAAACAAUAAGAGACAGAAUAUUAGGGACUGUUAAUCUCAGUCAAGAUUUAUUUAUUUUGCCGUAUAAUCAAAAUGAAUGAUGACUGAGGGAUGCAUAACUUUUCAUUUACCACAGAGAAGAAAAAAAAAAAGAAACUAGAAUAGGCUAUGGGUAUUUAAUAACGUGGAUGAGAACAAUAUUUUGGCUUGUACUGUCUCUUUAAGUAGGCAUAAACGGCGGCUCCAUCACGCUUCACAAUGACAUAAAAAACUGAAGCCUUUGCGUAAUCCCCUGGCGUCUUUAAAAAUCAAUUUGAGACUAAGUUCUGGGGAUAUACAGCAGUAAUUCGGUGUUAUAUAAUAAAUGUCUUAGAUGAGCCUGUUGUGACGGCUGACAUUGACGACAUAUUUCUAAAUUUAGACAUCGGGAAUUGGCAGAUUAUUGUGCGUAAUGAAAUCGUAUUGGACACCAUAAGAAUUACAGUGCAUUUAAAGUUUUAAAAGAAAAUGUAACAUAGGUUAUACAAGGAUAGUCGUGGUUUAAAAUGUAUUGGAUUAUGAUGACCAAAUGCGACAGCUGCCCUUCUGAGUGCACAAAUCGUUCCUGUAAAUCGUUUGAAAUGGAUUAAAUGUUACAAAUAUCGCUCUGUUUAUGUUUAAAUGUUUAUAGGCUACGAAUUACCUAGGCCUAACUACAUUCUUUUAUUAAUUUAGCAGACGCUUAAAUCCAAGUUAAAUCAAUGUAAUAUGUAGGGAUAUUUUAAUUCAUACGAUUUUAAUAAAUUAAAAAAACAAUUUAUUUAUUUUAAGCACACUGGUGUUAAUGAAUUUUAAUGCAAGUUAUGUUCUAAAUUGGUCUACUUUUUUAGCUGAAUCAUGGCUGCAACUAACUGAGUUGAAACAAAAAUAAUCAUCGCAAAUUCAAUUGCAAUAAACAACCAUUUGUACGUAUACAUACAUCUAUAUUGGAUCGUUUUAGAGCAUUAUGUUCAUAUGAUUAGGUCAGAACGUGAAAGAAUCGCUGAUUCUUUGAAAGUUAAAGAAUCCGUUCGAAAGAACCGAUUCGCGGAAAUGAGUCUGUUCUCCCAUCAUCACUAGUGCGCUGCUUGUCUUGGUGUGGAGCUGGAGUAACUGAGAAAGAACGCUGUUAUAGAAAAGAACUACGUUUUUUCCGUAUAUUUAGUGGAGAAAAUGAAUAAAACAAUAUAACAAUAACUGUUUCACGCAUUAUUUUGUCGGCUUCUACAGAUUUAACUCUGUUUAUUGCGUGUGUGACCGUGUGGGGGGAAAACCGAAUCGAGUCGCAUAUGGUUUUAAGGCGAUUAAAUGCUUCUGACAGACAUUUCAGCUGCACUGCAGACUGCGAAUAUUCUGCUGAUCUGUAAAAGUCUGUUUUGCAGUCUCAAUAGCUUACAGAAACAUUUAUGGAAACUGCGUUUAUCACAGAGAUCUCGUUCCUCUUCCGUAGAAAGCUGAGGAUUCGUUAAUCGACGUCCUGGACCAACAUUUCACGUUUUGUAAAGCUCCAGGUAGCUCUUUUGAAUCUGUCAUCUCAUCAUGUUGCCGUCCGUCGCGAUGCUCUUACUCUUUCUGUCUCCGUCGAGGAGCUCAAGACUGUGUAGUCACCUCUGCCAGUGCUAUGAACACUCAGACCUGGUGGACUGCCAUGCCAGGGGUUUUGAGGAUAUCCCACAUGGACUUCCCCACGGCACCUGGCUCCUAGACCUGGGAGGAAACAAGCUUAAGGAGAUCCGGAGUCGAGCUUUCGCUGGCCUUUGGUCUUUGCGUAUUCUAGUGCUCUCGAACAGCAGCAUCACGUUUCUUCAUACGCAGGCUUUUUUCUCUCUCUCCUUUCUGGAGAAGCUUGACAUGAGUCGUAACAACCUCACUCAGAUCCCUCCUAAUUUCUCGGAGAACCUGUCUUCCCUGCGUGAGUUGCGGGUGGACCACAAUGCACUGGUGCUGUUGAAACCUCCAGGCCUAGAACAUCUGGAGAACCUUGAGAAGCUGGACCUCAGGCACAAUCGUAUCCAAUCUGUUGAACCCGGCGCGUUCCGUGGCCUGUCCCGCCUGCGCCACCUUUACCUCCAAGGGAACCACCUGGAUGUUGUGAGAGACGGAUCCCUCACCAUGCUGCCCGGACUGGAAGUUCUGCUCCUGGGGAACAACAACAUCUCUCGCAUCGAGGUUAAUGCACUAGCACCAUUACACAGUCUUUCUCUGUUGGGCUUGGAGGGGAAUCAUCUGGAACACCUGAACUUUAAGACAUUCCUGAGCUUGCACACAGCUGCUACACACCUGCAGUUGGCUGGGAACCCGUGGAACUGUGACUGCGACCUGCACCGUGUCUUCACCAAGCUGCUUAGUGUGCGGCACCUCUUUGUGGAUGACUAUCACAACGUAACCUGUCGGGAGCCCUGGCAGCUUGCCGGAGCCUCUUUGGCUUGGGUGGACAGCCAGUUGUGUGUGGCUGAGACUGUUACUGUGUUAGUCAUCACUGCUACUGUGAUUGUGACCGUCUUUGGUGCCUUGGUCAUGGCAGAGAGAAAACGCAAGAGAAAAUACUGGGAGCAGAAUGAGGGGGAAGCGCAAGAGUAGUAAGAUGAUUAUACACUGUAAGCCCCAGUAAGUUGGCAAAACUUGAAAAUUUAAUUCAAUUUAAGAAAUUCAAAGUUUAAGUAAACAGAACUUUUUAUUUUCUACUCAUAAAUUUGAAUUGUUCUGACUUUAAAUGGUUGAGUACACUAAUUCAUACAUUUAACUUAAAUGUAUCAUGUAAUAUGUUAGAAAUAAGUUAAUAAAACUGAAAACAAUGAAACCGUUUAGUUUACUUAAAAUAUAUCAGUUCUGUGAACUUAUGGGGUAAGUGCUAAAUAAUUAGUGUAAUUUAAGUUUGUCCUACUCAAACCAAUUUAUUAUUUUGAGCAUUAGGGUUUACAGUGUACAGGUGGUUAGGACACUUUUCUUCUUAUUUAAACCUUGAAAAUACAGAUACAGAGGUCCAGCUUUGGCCUCUUUUCCAUACACUAAUUAAAGGAAGAAACUGGACUGAUACCAUCAGAUCUCAGUUGAUGUGGUGAUGGAAAUAAAGACUAUUUAUGAUGCAGAUAUUGAACAAAAGUAUUGAUAACUUGAAUCUGAUGUAAAGCUUUGUGUGUGGGAUAAUCUGAGAUGUUUCAGAGUAAUAUAGAUAACUAAUUAGGUGUGUAGAUGUGUUAUGAAGUAUAUUACUGUACAGAAGCCUCUUACAGACUUCUUCUCUUUGUCACUUGCAAACUCUUGUCAAAAGCUACCUUCAACUCUUAUAUCAUUACAUUUACAUAAAAUGGCAAGGUUAUUUUUAUUUAUUUAAGUACUUUUAGCAGUAGCUUUGCCUGCUGUGAUCAGUUUUAUUUAUGUUCUUUCUCUUCCUUUCUCUAUCUUAACCAAACAAAUGCCUUUUCCUUAGUUCUAGUCUUGAUGUUUUAUACUGUUUUAAUAUGUCAAUAAUUACGUUCCUUAUUACAAUAAAAACAAAAUCUAUUAAUAAAUCUAUUAACAUUUAAAUUUAAUUUCUUACCCCUGUCUGAUAAAACUCAUCAUGCGUCCUUGUAUCCUCAAAAUUACUUAUACUUAAAUUAAUUUCGUUUGGGUUGGCUGUAAAGCCUCAAAGCUUAAAUCUCUGCAACUGCUGUCAAAGGAUUACACAUUAAUUAAUGCGCAUGGUUCCACAAGCACCCUUUUUGAACUCUCAAACCACAAUGUAAAAAGUAAUACACUAUAUCUACUCCAUAAAAUUUUGGCAAAUAGACAAAUAGAAUUGAGUUAGAAUUAAUGAUGAUAACAAGCAGAAUCACUGAAGGAAAGAGAAACGCAUGAAUUAACAGAGGUUUAGAUGUUGAUGUUGAUUUUAUUGAAAAUAUUGGUCACUAUUAUGGUGAUCAGUGUUUCACUGGGUUGGGCAGUUUUACUCUUUGCUUUUUCCGUCAGUUUGUGGUUUUUGUAAUGGGGUUUGCUAAUUUUACACAUUUUAAAUGGUUGACUUUUAAGGAAUUAGAAUAACUGAUAUAAGAUUUGAGUUAGAAUUAAUCAAAUUAUUCUAUGUUGAAUUUAAUUAAUAAUAUUGCUUGUAAUCUGUUACUACAAUUUUAUUGAGUUGAUACAGCGUAUUACUUUUUACAGUGCAUAAUUUCAUGAUACAGAUUUAGUUGCACAUGGGGAAGCCCUCUAGGUUAUUAUAUCGACCUGUAUUAUUAAAACAAAUACAAACUAUCAAAAUGUUAUCCUCAGUUGCUUUGCUGUGAGGCUGGGUUUUAAACCACUGGAGUUUAAACAGAUUUGUGUGGAGAUUUUUGUGGACCGAGAAAGUGAGGAAAUCCAGGUCAGUGAGUGUUUGGCGCCAUAUGGAGCUCUCACUGACAGCAGCAUCAUCAGAUUACCCUGCUGAUGGACAAACAGAGGAUUGGCUUUUCCUUUCUUGAGAGAAAUACUAGCUUUUAAGUUGAAUUCAUAUGGCCUAGUAGUAUAAGACUCUUUAUGCUCCUUUCUGUCUGACAUAUAUAUAGGGACAUUGCAGCCUGCAAUGAAGAUGGACACAGUUUUGUUUUAUCCAGCUGUAUUUACUCUUUACAACUUAUAACAUCCAAGUGAAAGAUAUAACUCCAGCAUGUCAGAUUUUUUUUUUUUUUUUAAAUCACUGAGUUGGAAAAAGGAUCACCCCCUUUUGUCAGUAUUUAGUUGAACCACCUUUUGCUUUAAUUACAGCCUUUAGUCUGUUGGGAUAUGUAUGCACAUCUAGACUUUGCAAUAUUUGCCUACUCUUCUUCUUUGCUGAACUGCUCAAGUUCAGUUCAAUUUGAUGGUGACCAUUUGUGGACUGCAGCCUUCAAGUCAUUCCACAGAUUUUCAAUGGGGUUAAGCCUGGGCUCUGACUAGGCCAUGCAAGGACAUUCACCUUUUUGUCCUUCAACCACUGUGUGGUCACUUUUUGAUGUGUGCUUUGUGUCAUUGUCAUGUUGGAAGGUAAACCUUCUUCCCAUUGUCAACUUUCUGGCAGAGGGCAGCAGAUUUUCCUCAUUUCUGCAUAGAAACACCUCCAUAACCGGAUAUGACCACCUUCAUGUUUUACUGUAGGAAUGGUGUUAUUUGGAUGGUGAGCUGUAUUGGAUUUCCGCCAGACAUAUCGUUUGGUGUUGAGGUCAAGUAAUUCAAUUUUAGUCUCAUCUGGCCAUAACACCUUUUCCCGUGUGGCCUCAGAAUCUUCAAGUCAUGUGAAGUCAUGCAUGUCAAGUCAUGGCGUUUUUCUUGCAACCCUCCCAUACAAGCCACAUUUGUGGAGAAUUUGUGAUAUUGUUGUCACAUGCACACAACGACCACUCUUUGUCAUGAAUUUCUGCAACUGCUUCAGAGUUGCUGUAGGCCUCUGGGUAGCCUCUUUGACCAGUUUCCUAUUGGCUCUUUCAUCCAGUUUGGAGCAACGUCCUGAUUCAGGGAGGGUCUGUGUUCUACCAAAUACCUUCCACUUCUCAAUAAUAGACUUCACUGUGCUUCUAGGCAUUGUUAAGCCUUUGAAAUGUUUUUGUAUCCAUCUCCUGACUUGUGCCUGUCCACAACUUUAUCCCGGAGAUCUUUUGACAAUGCCCAUAGUUGACUGUUUGCUUUAGUUGCACUACCAAGGACUGAAAUGCUUCAGGAAAGCUCUUGUCAUGCUGAGCUAAUCAAAAUGACCACAGCUGAUCACAGUUGAAAGUCAAAUGGCUUUGUAUGCCAUUGAGAAGGUGUUUAGCUACACCUGAUUGAGUUCAUUUUUAGUCAUUUUUAGGAGGGGGGGCGAUCCUUUUUCCAACUCCGUGAUUCUGGUUUUUAAUUUUUUUUUAUUCUGAUAUGUUGGAGUUAUAUCUUUCACUUGGAUGUUUAUAAGUUAUAAAGCAUAAAUAGAUAAAUAAAGUUGGAUACAACAAAACCGUGUCUGUCUUCAUUUCAGGCUGUAAAGCAACAAAAUGUGAUUAUUUUAAAGGGGGUGAUUCUUUUCUAUACCCACUGUACAUACUUAGCAACUAAUGUAAAAGGUUGUGAAGCAGCUACAAUGAUGACACAUCAAACAAAAAUAAAUGAAUACAUCUGAUAUGUUGAACAACUGUCAGUAUUUGAUGCAUAAAACACAAAUAGUGAAUACAGAAUAAUUUUGAUCAAGAUAAAAUAUUUACAUCAUAGACCAUGUAAACCAAAUGUGUUUUUUUGCAGUAGGCAGUUUGGUUGACUUGUGCUCCUGUUGUCUAAUGCAAAAGAACCAUCUGAAACUGAAAAACUAUAAUCUUACAAGAUUUACAUAACAUGCAGGUAUCAGACUGUCCCAGAGCAUUAAUUAAAAUGCAUUUGUUUGUUUGCUAGAUAAUCUUUAUAUUUGUUUUUUCAGGUGAAUUUCCUGACAUUUAUGCUAAUUUUACCCCAUAAUUCUCCUACUGCAAAUGCAUAAGAAAUAUACUGUACUGUAUACUGUACAAAAUGUAAAAAUAUA